GAACAAAACGUUCUGAUGCCCAGGAGCUCACACUCUGUUAUACUCAUCCCCAACUGCCUGACUAUACAGCCCCGCCCAUCCUGCCCUGCGCCUCAUUCUCCCUGUGUGACUCCCGCGCCCACCGGCACCGACAGCUCCGGAUCCACAAACCCCGUCACUAUGGACCCUGCGGCCCCUGCCACCCGCAUGACCUCCUCCUUCACCAUCAACAUUUCCACCCCCUCCUUUUAUAACCCCACAAAGAAAUUUGCCCCCGUGGUUCCGCCCAAGCCCAAGGUUAACCCUUUCAAGGCCCCGGAGGAGCCACAGUCUUUAGUUGCUCAGGAGAAUUCUGCUGGGCCUGGGCUGCACCGGGCGUUUGUGGGGAAAGUUGGGGCGAUCCCCCCAUCAGCGCCCCCUGGGGGUGACCAUGAAGAUUUUAUCCUGCCGCCUCCACCACCGAGUGAGGAAUUGAUCUCACCCCCCAGCUCUUCUUUCCCCCCACCCCCACCUUCUUUUGGGGAUGAGGGACCGGGUUCCCCCUCUGGCUCAUUCCCACCCCCUCCCCCACCUGAGUUUUCCGAGCCCUUCCCACCUCCCAUAGAGGAAUUCUUUCCUUCUCCGCCCCCGCUGGAGGAAUGUGUGAGUGACACUCAGGACCUCCCUGUACCAGCCCCCCCACCUCCUCCUCCCCCUCCUCCUGAACCUUCUGCUCCUUGCGAGUCGCCCAAACCUGCAAUGGUUCUUCCCAAGCCGCCUCCUCCUUCCGCUUUCCCUAAACCCGAGCCCCCGUCUGUGGCCCCCAAGACUGCAUCCUCCGUUUUCAUCCCUAAGCCCAGCGCCCCAAUGGCAGUUGCCCCAAAGCCUCUUGCUCCCCCACCUGUUGCUGCUAAACCCUCUGGCCCAGUCUCUUUUGCACCCCCAUCACCUGCUCCUCACACUUUCUCUCCUGCCCCUUCUGCCCCAUCUCACACGUUCUCCCCCAAACCAGUCACUGGACCCACAUUUUCCCCCAAAUCUGCACCUCAUACAUUCACUCCUAGACCUUCAGUGACAUACCCCCAAAAACCAACAGAACCCCCCGCAGAGGCAUCUCAGGAGAAGUUGCCUGCAGCUCAGUCAAGUCCCAGAGUGACCCCUGCAGCCAAACAUGAAGCUCCUCCCCCUACAGUUUCAUCAAGUGCCCGAGCCCCCGGGUUCAGCUUUGCGCAGCAGCGAGAGAGACCCCGAGUCCUGGAAAAGCCAAGAGCAAAUGUUCAGGGGUCGGAGCCAGAACUCGAGACAACGGUGGAGGUCCAAGCGCAGAGAACAAGAAGUUUGGGGCCACAGAUAGAGAAUGGGAGAAGCUUUGGGGCUCAGUUCACUGGGGGAAAGGACAUGAAACCCCUCCCUGAAGCACCAAAGAGCCAAAAGCCCAUGUCCGACGGGAUCCACAGAACCGGGGGGCAGCACAGUGGCCCCAAAGUGACCGGGCAGCAGGGCCAAACGUCGGGCUCCCAAGGGCUGAACAUGAAGGAGGUGGAGGAGCUGGAGAUGUUGACCCAACAGCUAAUGCAAGAGAUGGACAAGCCGCCCGCAGCCGAGGCUCACACUAUGGAACUCUGUGGCAUCUGUGGGCGGGGCCUGUCACGGACAGAAACUGUGGUACGAGCCGGAGAGCAUUUAUACCACGUGGCGUGUUUCACCUGCUCCAGGUGUGAUCAGCAGCUCCAGGGGCAGCAGUACUACGAGAGCGAGGGGAAGCCGCUGUGUGAGGAGUGUUACCAGGACACACUCGAGUGCUGCGCUGUUUGUGACAAGAAGAUCACGGAGCGUUUGCUGAAGGCCAUUGGGAAAUCCUAUCACCCCUCAUGUUUCUCUUGUGCCGUGUGUAAGUGCUCCCUCCAGGGCGAACCCUUCAUUGUGGACGACAACAAACUGCCGCACUGUGUGAACGACUAUCACCGGCGCUACGCCCCCCGCUGUUGUGUUUGUGGAGACCCCAUUGCCCCAGAACCCGGCCGGGACGAGACAGUGAGGGUGGUGGCGCUGGAGAAGAACUUCCAUAUGAUGUGCUACAAGUGUGAGGACUGCGGUUGCCCCCUCUCUAUUGAGGCGGAUGAUGCCGGCUGCUUCCCAUUGGACGGCCAUGUUUUGUGCAAGAAGUGCCACACUGUUCGUGCCCGCGCUGCCCUGUGAUGACCCCCCACUGCCUGUGGCUACAGGAUCCAGCGAGUCAUCAGUCUGUGGCCCUAAAGACUCGGGACCUCCUGACACUCCGCCCGUAGCCCAGUCAUUAGCCGGUUUCCAGCUUCAGUGCCAGAGACUAGUGGGCGGCAGCUGGUGAGGUGGCAGUUAGCUGGUAGCCAUUAGUGUCCCUCGUCUCACUGCUUGCGCUCUCUCUGCCCCCAUCUAUACACGCCACUAGCACAGGGCACCUCUGUUUUUGAGGGGGGGCUUGUGUUGAAGGUUCCAGUCGGAUGUGACUCCUGGCCCGGGGCACAGAGUGGCAGAGAGGGGGCAAGUGAGAAGCAACACUUUUACACAAAUGAUUUUUUUUUAUGAUGUGUCGCUUUUUUUUCCCUGUAUUUUUUAGGGGGGGGGGGGUUUAUUGACCAAUAAACUGUUUUGUACAAAGA